AUGCUUAGCAGAGCAUUGGGUCGUUUAUAUCGAGUUCACAGUUUAAGCUAUCACAUCAAACCACAUUGUAGUGUUAUUGCUUCUUUCCACGUAAAGCCCACGCAACGUAUCGAGCGAAAAACCAUGUCCACUGUAUCCAUCGCUUCUCAGCUGCAGAAGAUGUCUAUUGAGCAGCCUGCGGCUCUAGAGGGUUCUUUCCCCGAACACAAUGUUGUCGAUUUGAUGAGAAACUACGUCAGUGCCGAGCUUUCCAAGAUUUCUGGCGUCAGCACCGAUUUGAUUUACCCAGCGUUGGAAUGGACCAACACUCUUGACAGAGGUGAUCUGUUGAUUCCAGUUCCUAGAUUGCGUAUUAAGGGUGCCAAUCCAAAAAAUUUGGCCACAGAAUGGGCGGAGAAAUUCCCAAAUGGAGACUAUCUGUCUAAAGUGGAAGCCAAUGGGCCAUUUGUGCAGUUCUUCUUCAAACCAGAAUUCUUGUUCAAAGUGGUGCUUCCUAACGUUCUUACCGGAAAGGAACAAUACGGAGCCAUGCCCUUGGUGGAAAACAAAAAAGUCGUCAUCGAGUUCUCUUCUCCUAACAUUGCCAAGCCCUUCCAUGCCGGUCAUUUGAGAUCUACCAUCAUUGGUGGUUUCUUGUCUAAUCUGUACGAAAAACUGGGCUGGGACGUCGUCAGACUCAACUACCUCGGUGACUGGGGUAAGCAGUUUGGUCUUUUGGCCGUUGGUUUCGAGAGAUACGGUUCCGAAGAAGCCUUACAGAACGACCCUAUAAAGCACUUGUACGAUGUCUAUGUUCGUGUUAACAAGGACAUUGAGGCCGAGGGUGACACUUUGCCAGAAGACAAAUCCACGCACGGUCUGGCCCGUGCGUACUUUAAAAAAAUGGAGGAUGGCGAUGAAGACGCUCUAAAGAUCUGGAAACGUUUCCGUGACUUGUCGAUCGAUAAGUAUGUCGAUACUUACGCCAGAUUGAACAUUCAGUACGACUCUUACUCUGGUGAGUCCCAGGCCUCUAGAGAAUCCAUGGCCGAAGCCUUGAGAAUGUUCUCCGAAAAGGGCUUGGCUCACGAAGAUAGAGGCGCCACUUUGAUUGAUUUGACCAAGUUCAACAAGAAACUCGGUAAAACGAUUGUCCAGAAAUCCGAUGGUACCACUCUUUACAUGACCAGAGAUGUCGGUACCGCCAUGGAUCGUUACAAGAAGUACAAGUUCGACAAGAUGAUCUACGUGAUUGCUUGCCAACAGGAUUUGUACACUGCGCAAUUAUUCGAAGUGCUAAAGCAGCUGGGCUUUGAAUGGGCUAAGGACUUGAUGCACGUCAACUUCGGGAUGGUUCAAGGUAUGUCCACUAGAAAGGGUACUGUUGUGUUCUUGGACAACAUUCUGGAAGAAACCAAGGACAAGAUGCAUGAGGUUAUGAAGACCAACAAGGCAAAGUACGCUCAGAUCGAGAACCCAGAUGAGGUGGCCGACUUGGUUGGUAUUUCUGCUGUUAUGAUUCAGGACAUGCAAGCUAAGCGUAUCAACAACUACGAAUUCAAGUGGGAGAGAAUGACCUCGUUCGAAGGUGACACCGGUCCAUACCUGCAGUACGCCCAUUCCAGAUUGAGAUCUGUGGAAAGAAAUGCAUCUGAAAUCACCAAAGAGAUGUGCAUGAACGCAGACUUCUCUCUAUUGAAGGAGCCUGCUGCCGAGAUUUUGAUUCGUUUGCUAGCUCAAUACCCAGAUGUUUUGAGAAACGCUGCCAAGACUCACGAGCCCGCUACCGUGGUGACUUACUUGUUCAAGCUAACUCACCAAGUAUCCUCGUGUUACGAUGUCUUGUGGGUUGCUGGCCAGACACCAGAGCUUGCUGCUGCCCGCUUGGCGCUGUACGCAUCCGCUAGACAAGUGCUAUACAAUGGUAUGACCUUGUUGGGCUUGACACCCGUCGAUAGAAUGUGA